GAGUGCUGCACGACAGGAGCUGAACGACCAGGCAUCAGGUCUGCAUUAUAAACACAUUUUUAGGACAACAAUCGCGUUGCCUGUAGUUCAAAAUGCCUGAUUACACUGGUUACUGGAAAAUGAUCUCCAACAACAACUUUGAGUAUCUCAAAGCUCUUGAUGUUAAUGUUGCUAUCAGGAAAAUUGCUAUUUUAUUAAGACCCGAUAAAGAUAUCAGCCAGAAUGGAGAUCACUUUGUCAUCAAGACUGUCAGCACAUUUAAGAACUACGACAUGGACUUUGUAGUUGGUCAGGAGUUUGAGGAAGACCUGGGUCCAGUUGAUGGCAGGAAAUGUAUGACCACCAUCACUUGGGAUGGAGACAAGCUUGUGUGUGUCCAGAAAGGCGAGGUUGAAGGCCGGGGCUGGACCCAAUGGAUAGAAGGAGAUGAACUUCAUUUGGAACUGAGAGCAGGGGGAGUUGUGGGCAAACAGAUUUUCAAGAAGUCUUAAACCAACGUUGUGUAGUGGUGCCCUCUGCUGGAGAAGAAACAAACAACCACCAUAGUCAGAACUGCAUCUGCCCAUCCUCUCAUUCAUCAGUCUGCGUGUUUACAUUUUCUGGAAGUGCUUAAGCUAUUCCAGUGUGUUCAGUUAAUAUAACAGACACCCGUAAUGCAUAUAUAUGAAUUGCGUAUGUACCAAGUAUGGUUGGUUUUAGUGCUGUAGUCACUAAGAUUAACCCCUUGAGAGAUUCACUUCUGUUUAAAAUACUUUCUCUAACAUCUGAGGGUCUUUUUGGCUGGAGAAAAGAUAUCAGCUCUUGACCCCCUAAGCAAAUCCAAAUUGUUUUUUCUUUCCACAAGCUGGAAGGAGAUAAAUGUGGUGAGAGAUGAUGUGAUUUUCAGUUCCUGCACCGCUGCAUGUAAUGGAGAUGUGUGCUCUAAAAAAUGUACAAAUAACAACUGAUUAAAUGAAGAAAGACUAACA